AGUAGCAUUCAGUUUACCAGAAAGGUCAGAGCGAUCAUAAAAUUGAUCAUGGAACAAGUCGUGUUGAACGUGGCCACUAUUAGUCACCAUCAACUGAAGCACAUGUAUAUAUGCGAACUCUCAGUGCUGCUUUGUUGAGCUCGGUCAUUGGCACAAAGCAGAACCUAAGCGUACGAUCUUUUCUGUCAACUAGCAGUGCAUACACUGUUUGCUGCCCAUUCCUAAAAAGAAGUAAAAGGGCAAACAUGACCUAUAAAUGCAAUUAUCGUUCCCGGUGCAAUACAAUUGCACUUUUUACGCUUUUGCAUAUCGGCCAAAAAAUAAGAGGAAGCGAUGCUAGUGUACAGUUUCAUCACCAGUCAGUAGAAAACAAAUAUCACUUAAGUGAGACAUUUCAAGAUGAAAUGGAACAAAUGGAUUCACCAAAGGACCAAAAGCUUAUCGUACGGUUGCCAUCCAACACACUUCUCAAGUACACCUCCUAUAAAGAUGUUUCUAUACUUCACUUUCGAGUUCCAUUGGAUUCGCGAGCUGCGUAUUUUAGUUUUAAAGCGUUCGAAGAAUCAAAGAGUGCCUUUCAAAGAAAAUGCAAACCUAAGGAUGUUACUCUUCAUUUAAAGGCCAACAGUUUUCCUGUAAUAAGUCCAGAAAAUAUUACUUUUCCAAAAAAUUUUUUAAUCUCCGACGAAAGAUUCAAAGUAUAUAACCUGGAGUUUCUGUCUGAUCAGACGAAACAUCGCAUUGAUAUACAGAGUCCUCAAAUAGGAAGUUGGUUUGCAGUUGCUUUCGUCAGUUGGACAGAUCCAAAUAAUGAGCGCAUUGAACAACAAGGCCUUUCUUCGUCAUGUGAUACGUUGCUUUUGGCGGAAUUGUCUGUGUUGCAUUUUUACCCAAGCAUUAUAAAUAGUGGACAAGUGACAACUGGCAAUCUAACCAGUUUCUUUGUCAACUACAAGCAUAAGAUACACAAUGCUAGUAACAGCACCAGCAAAAGACGCACACCCGCAGACAACCAGACACCUGCCAAAGACAGUGGUCAAAAUGAUGGGAACAAUAUGCCACAGCGUUCAAGAAUUUUAAAGCAGCAUGAAAAUCAACGGCAAGAAUUGAAAACCCCAACUAAAAAUAUUUCUUAUACGCUAAGCAGAUCCAGUUCAAAUAACAACGACAGUAAAAGUAAUGCCGUUAAAUUUGCAACUAAUAAUGAAAAACUUUACAAGUUCUAUGUGCCUGAUAACGUCGGUGUAGCUACCGCGCGACUAGCGUUCAAUGAAGUGUGUAUGGGUUGUCCGGACAUCAGCUUCAUUACUCAAGCAAACGCAUUUCCACUAAUCUGCAGGGACGGGCAAAAUUUGGCCGGUAACGAAUAUAACUAUCUCCACAGAUCAGUUAUCAGACCAAAUCAGACUAAAGAAAUCUCAAUUAAAUUUUAUGUUCAGGCUAAUACAUGGCACUAUGCUCUUCUAAAUUUUGUCAGCUCAGCAGAUGACUAUUGGAUGGCUCCAAAUAAUGAAUAUAUGUCGACACUAACAUUAAACCUUAUGAAACCAAAAUUGAAUCAACAAAAUGGCAAAAAUAAUUUGAGCCUGGCAGCGCAUAACGUUUCGUAUACACUACAGAUAGAUUUUGAAGAGUUUAAUCUACACAACGAAUCUUCUAAGAUACAGCCUCAGGCAGAAAAUGAGUGUAACAAUAAUUGGAAACCAGUGCGCAUUAGCGGAAUAAAUUUCUAUCGCCUCCUGCGCCAGAGCUAUCAUGAAUUUUUUAUGUUUGACUAUGACUUAGAGCCGGAUGAUAACGGUACAGUUCCGGCAUUACUUAACUUAACAGCACAUUAUCCAGCAGGAUUUGCCUUUGACCUAGGCGAGGUAUACGAUAUUGGCGGAACGCUCACAUUUGCCGUGUCCAUGAAGCCCGAGCUUCGCUUCAGCAGCGAGCUAAAGCCAAUAUCACCUACGAAGUCGCCACCAUUAGAAAGGGGUGGAAUUCUAGCCGAGAAGCUUGUGAGUAGAUUAGAGGACGCAGGACGUGUGAUGGGCCAUGAGCAGCUACCCCGCGGCAACCAAAGUAUGCAAAUCAUUGUGUGCAUGCAUCUUGGCGUCCCAGGCAUUCCUACAUGGCCCGAUAAAUGUCGUUAUGGUCAAAGAUUGUUGCCAGCUUCUAGCAUAAUCAAUAAUACUGAUAUAAUGGGUCUAAUACAUGUACCCUUCCCAGAAAGUGGCUUCUGGUUCGUCACUAUGGGUUUGUUUUGCCAUGGAGCAGAAACAGCGCGUGGUUCUAUCAUUGACAGCGUCAAGGACUUUGUGCGACAACACGGGAAUUUGCUUCAUGAAAUGCGCAAUCCCUGUGCUUGUGCUGGUAAUGCCAAGCGCUAUGCAGCUUGCAUUGGCUCGAAAGAUUGCUUGGCCGGUAUGAACGAAACUGAGACGCUAAAAGUAAAGGAGUGCAUAAUGGACUCUAAGUGCACAACCGACUAUUUGGAAAUGACGCACCUCUUUCAAGUACAUCACAGAUCAGCGACGGAACAGCAGUUUGCACUGGAUAACUGCAACACCUCGGUGGUUUUCUCCAUAUCAUCGAGUCCCUGUGUGGCAGGGCGUUGUGGUCGCUUUGGCCGCUGUUAUCAUUACAUGUCCGGAGGUUUUGUAUUUUCAACAUGCGUUUGCAAUAAGGGAUACCGCGGCUGGGAUUGUACUGAGAGCUCGCAGGUGCCUUCGAGUAUGUCUAUUCUUAUGGCCUCGUUGCUACUCACUUUGAGCAACCUUCUAUUUAUACCAAGCAUUUACAUGGCUUUUAGGCGCCAAUACUAUACCGAAGGUGCAAUAUACUUUUUUGCUAUGUUUUUCUCAAUUUUUUAUCAUGCAUGCGACUCAGGAGAGGAUGAAUACAGUUUCUGUUUAGUAAAGAUCAGCGUACUGCAAUUCUGUGAUUUCUAUUGUGGCUUAUUAGCCAUUUGGGUCACACUUAUUGCAAUGGCCAAUAUUCCUCCGCAGUAUGUCUCUCUACUUAACAUGUUCGGUGCGAUUCUGCUAGCUUUUGGUACAGAACUAAACAAGCAGAGCCUCUGGGUCUUUCUAGCUCCAGCCUUAACAGGCAUUUCUCUCAUCUCCACUAGCUGGGGUAUACGCUGCGCCAAAACUCGCAAAUGGUUUCCUGCUCGACGUUACCUUACUAUUUUUAUGCCACUCGGCAUGGUACUGGUAAUGAUUGGUCUGGUCUGUUACGCAUUUCUCCAGACCAAGCAGAACUAUCAUAUUGUUCACUCUAUUUGGCAUAUGGUUAUGGCGAUAAGCAUUAUGUGCUUGUUGCCAUCACGCAAAACAUUCAUGCCUAAGCUCUAGCACUCGAAUGGACACUUUUCUUGCGGGUCAGAAGCUAGCCUGCAUUUGCUACGGCACUCCUUAUUGCGCAUCUAAUGUGCGCCCAUUUUUUAGAUGUCACAAAACCUCACAACCAGUCACAAUGGUACAUUUUAAAAUGUAUAUGUAUAAUAAACAGUAGAUAUAACAUUAUUAGAUGCCAUGUUUAAAUAUGCAUGCAAAAGACAAAAAAAAUAUUUAUAUUGUCUUGAACAUAUUCUUCUAAUAAAACAAAUAAAUUAAGUGAUAUAAGGUAAAAUGUAACCUUCACAAUCAGGCUGAAAUCUAAUGACACUUAAAAAUAUUUUGCAACGUGAUCUUUCAAUACUAAAGCUUUUGUUCUAAACCUAUACAUAUUACUAAUUAAAGUUUAAAAGAGUUCCAGUAAUAUACGAACAUAUAUGCGUAUAAAUUCUUCAAGAAAUUCGAAUAUUUAUAUAUUGUUAUAUUAAGCCCUUAAUGUAGGAAGCUGAUGUUUUGUAGAUUAAUUAUUAGCCUUUUAAUGAAGCCUUAAUAAUCUUAGCGGAUAUGAUUCCUAAAAAUAUAAUACAUUUGUCCCACAUACUAAUAGAAAAACUGUAGUCAUAAGUUAUUUGAAAAUAUUUUUUUGGUUAACUAAACAAAGUAGUUUUCAUUUAACUCACUUUAUAUUGUCUUUGGAUAAUAUAAGUAAAGCAAUAUUGGGCUAAAAACAAAGUGUAAGAUGUGACAAAUAAGUGCUGCAAAUGUAUAUAAGAUGCAUAAAGUUCCUUAUACUUACCAUACUCAAAAGAGUUCCAGUAAAAUAUGUCCAUGUGUAUAUAACCUUCAUUCAAAAAAUGCGUUUAGGUUUUUUUUUCUGAAUGGUCAACCAAAGUAUGUAGUUAUAAUUAUAAUAACAUUAUAAUAAAAUACAUUAUACCCUUUUUACCCAUUUUCAAUGGGGUCAGGGUAUAUAAAUUAAAAACUAAAAGCCUAAAUAGACUACGAAAUGUCUAAUAACAUCUCCGACACGAUGUGUUUUUUUGGCCGUCCGGCCAGCUAAAGUAUGUAAUACAUUAUAAUAAAACAAGUAAGAGGUUCUAGUCGUGAGCUCCCGACUAAGGGAUACCCUAAACACUCUUAUUCCACCACCAAAUGCAGAGAAUUUAGCACAGAAAAAAAGGAUUGACAAAGAACAAAUUCAUCUGCUAUCUGCAUUGAUAUGAUUUGAUUUCAACUAAACAACGUCGUUUUCAUAUAUGUAACUCACUUUAUAUUAUCUUUGGACAAUAUAAUUAAAGCAAUACUGGGCUAAAAACAAAGUGUAAGAUAUUACAAAUAAGUGCUGCAAAUGUAUAUAAGAUAAAGUUCCUUAUACUGACCAAUACACAACACAAUUUUUAAGCUCAAAAGAGUUCCAGCAAAAUAUGAACAUAUGUAUAUAACCUUCAUUCAAGAAAUGCGUUUAAGUUUUUGGUCGACCAAACGUCAACCACAGUAUGUAAUACAUUAAAAUAAAAAAAUGUAAACCUAAAAGCCUAAAUAGACUACGAAAUGUCUAAUAACAUCUCCGAUACGAUGUUAUUUUUUUUUUUGGCCGUCCGGCCAGCUAAAGUAUGUUACACAUUAUAAUAAAACAAGUAAGAGGUUCUAUUCCAGAGCUCCCGACUAUGGGAUACCCUAAACCCUCUUAUUCCAACACAGAAUGCAGCU